AUGGAGCUUAUAAGGAGGAUGUUGCUACCGUUCGUCGUAGCCCUGGUUACAAUGGCGCGUCUCGCCUCGGCAUAUCAAGUGGGAGACUACGUGCCGCUGGCCAGGAAAGGCCAGUUUAAUAAUAUGCGGACGCACUGGCACGACGCCAUUGGACGGCACUGCCCACGAUUCGGCAUCAACCGAGAGGUGGCUCUUCCUAUUCCGCGCCCUGUGGGGUUCGAGAUGGCAGAACACUCGUAUAAGAUGUCUCUGUCAGUGGGCAACGAGAAGUUUGUGACGCCGUGGCUGCUUGUGAUUGGACGGAAGAGCCAGAACGUGCCGCUCAUUGAAGUCACCCUAACCCACUUUGCAGGCGACCUGAGGGGAGUGCAGGCGAAGGUGCACAACUUGCCGCACGAAUACCUGGAGCGGCAUCGGCAGCUGGCUCUUGAGUUCAGGAACGAGUCGCACUGGCCCAAGCACGUGCUCAUGAAAUACACGUGGCUCGAGUAUGCAGAGGUGGACGUCACAGCAGGUCUUCUCGUGCUCUUUGCCUCAACCUUCAUCCUGACAACGUUUCUUGCGGUCUACAUUCUACAGUUGUCCAAGGACAAGCUUGCUAAGUUCAUGAAUGAGCAGAUGGCGGAGAGCGCUGCAGCAGUGCCAGGGGGAGGAGGAGAGGUUGCUAAGGGAACCAUGCAGUGCAACGCGUGUAACGCGUCGUUCGACGAUGGACCGACGCGUAACGCGCACUAUCGCUCCGACUGGCACCGCUACAACCUUAAGCGAAAGGUAGCAGGUCUCCCCGGGGUGACCGAGCAGUGGUUCGAGAAGCGCAAGGAGGCCGUAGCGGCAGCCGCCGCCGCCGUGUCCGGGGGGAAGCGCGGCGCGGUCGCAGCGGCAGCAGCAGCGGCGGCGGCGGCGGCAGCAGCAGCUACAGCCGCUUCCGGGGACAUCGCAACAGGGGGAGACGUGGGCGGAGGUGCGCCGGGGGGGAUUGCGCCAGGGGGGGGAGCGCCAGUAGCAGCUGGCGGGUGGUUGAUAUACGAAUGCGUGGUUUGCAGUAAGAAGUACAAUAGCGAAUCAGCUCAUGCGAGUCAUUUGCGGUCCAAGCUACACGCUUCCAAGGCUGCUGCUGCUGUGGCGGCCGCGCGAGCAGGUGCAACCGGGGCAGGCAUUAUCGGGGCGGGGGUUCAGGGUUCUGGGGUUUUGGACCCCUCCAGGCCUAACAAGGGUGGGGUGGACGAGUGUGUAGAGCACAUGCACAGGCACCACGGGUUCUUCAUCCCCGAUAUAGAGUUCCUCACGGACCUGCAAGGGAUGCUACAGUACCUGGCGGCGAAAGUGACCCAGGGGCGCAUGUGCCUGUGGUGUGACGACCGGAGCAAGCAGUUCAGCUCGGUAGAGGCGGUGAGGGCGCAUAUGGAGGCGAAGAGUCAUGCCAAGCUGCGGUAUGGGGAUGGUUCAGGCGUGGCAGAAGAGGAGCUUGAAGAUUUCUAUGAUUUCAGUACCAGUUACGAGGAGGGCACGAGCCGUGAGCUCAUGGUGGCUGACGACUCUCGUCCGCAUGUGGCGCUCACCAGCGGAGGCAUGGAGCUCAUCAUUUUCAACGCAGCAGCAGGCAAGGGGAGCAGGGGCGCGGAUAAGGGUGCUUGCGGCACGAAGCGCGUGAUUGGCUCGCGGGAUCUCGCGAGAUAUUAUCGCCAAAAACCGAGGCCGACUGGAGACAGCAACACGCGCCUCGUGGCUUCAGUGCUUGCCAAGUAUCGAGCCAUGGGGCUGGCAACGCGGCAGCUGGGGUGGCGAACAGCGGAGCAGCAGCAGCAGCUGAAGCAGAGGGAUGCAACGGCUAAGGGGCAGCAAAGGUUUGAGCGCUUGCGCACGAUCGUGGGGAUGAGCAACAACGUCAACUGGAACCUUCCCAAGAACGUGCCGUAUUAG